AGGCGGCCGCGCGCGUGCGCCGCGCCGCCGCGCCGGACGGAAGGGUGGAGACUGCACGAGCGUGAGCAGGCUUCUCUUGCCAUUCUGGCCAGAAGCCGUCGGUUGUUUGCUCAACAUCCAUCAUAGCGUGGGCAGCGGGGCAUGUCCCCCCGUCGCCGGCCCCGACGUCCGAGGGGGCAGGUUCUGGCCCUCGAGGCGAGGUAUCAGAUGGCUCCUCAUGGAGGCACCUCGCUGGUGGCCAUCGCGGCAUUACUCGGGCACGAUAUUCAUGUUCUCGGAGCUCGAGCUCGCCUUCACCAGGACACUGCGCAGGCUGCGGAGCAGCCUGGCCUGCGGGUGCACGCGGCCACGUUCAACGCGGGUAACCAGAGGUUCAAGAGGGAGGACCGACGGUUCGAAGAGCUGCUGGCGGAAUUGUCCAGGGGACACGAGGACUCCGACCUCGUCAUCCUCGGCCUGCAGGAGUUCGGCGACAAGGACUACGGCUUCGCCGGCCUCGCCAAGCGCACCCUCUGGAGGGGCCCGUCGGAGCGCAGGC